AUGGAUAUGCCAAUGGACCCGUCCGCAGAGUCGGCGUCCGCUAUUCGGGAUGCCUUGGGGCUCCAUGUAUCGCAGCAGCCACAACAGGACGGCACAGCACAUCCGACCGGUUCCGACCUGUCGUUCUACGUCUUUGAGCAACAACACCAACACGAUAUGCAUCCGCCUGGCACGGACGCCGGUGGCCUGGUGGCGCCGGACGGUACCACGUCCCAUCGAUCGUUUGCCGGCGACGACACGUACGCGGUCUGGUCCCAAGAUCCGAUGGACCUCGACUAUGACCCUGAACUCGCGUCUUGGGUGAGCUCUUGGGAUGCGCCGCCGCCUCACCAGACUGUCAACACCUCGCACCGGCAGCAGACACCUGCGCUGGCUCAGAUGUCGCCAACGAUACCGUCGCAGCACCAAAACCUGAGCCACCAGCACCACCAUCAACAGCUACAGCAGCUACAACAGAUGCAGCCCCCCCAGCGGCCUCUACCUCAGCAACCGCUGAGCCAGCAGCGACAGCAACAGCAUCAGCAUCAACUAGCCUUGCGCGACCAGCUGCCCGUACUGCAGCAACAUCAACAGCAGCAACUGCCUCAGCAACAGGAACAGCAGCAGCAGCAGCAGCACCAAUUUCAACAGUUACAGCACACGCAGUCAUUCUCUAGCAGCCAAGCUUCAGUUGCGUCGUUUGAGAUCAGCUCUUUGCCAUCCAACUUUGCAGACCCCGACCUGAACAAAACUGGCAAGAUAAUGGGGCCCGACGACUUCCUCUUCCCGGACGACGAAACAGCGGCUGUGCUCUCAAACCAGGUCCACACCACGAAUGUUCAGCAGAACACUCACCAGGGCCCAUCGAUUCUCCCAUCCCCAGCUGCCGCCCAGCCUUCCGGUGCACAGCUGGCAUCCGCCGCUGGCCUGGACCUCAACGAGCCUGCGACGCUGGAGCUGUACGAUGACUUGCUCAUCUUUUCGCGCGGCAGUCACCUCGCAGGUGACAAGCUGACAUUCGACAGCUGCGAUGCGGCCAAAGAAGCUGUGCUGCACCGUCUGGCUCUGAAGUUCAAGCUCAGCUACAGUUACGAUCCUGUGCAGCGGAAGGCCGUCAUCUGGAGAUCGUCAGUUUUUGGGCCUGUAAACUACGAAUCAACUCCGGCCAUUGUUUCGCAACCACCGACCGUACCAUCACAACUGGCUCCCCAGCCGACACCAACGUUCGCGAGCGACAUACGCUCCGCACCCCCCGCCUCGCCGGCCUCCGCCGCACCGCCACCUGCGACGCCUGCCGUACCUUCGUCUCUCGGCCCACAGCCGGCAGGCAGCGAUGGCAGCCCCCCCAAACGGCCUACGAUCACCCCGCCCGUCAUUUUCCCCCUUGUGCAACAAGACACGAACACAGUCGGGCUGUCUGUCGGCCUCACGCCACCGCCGGCCCGGCGGCUGAGCAAUGACAGCAGUGCUGCUGCCUCCGUUGUGUCAUCUCUGGCUCUGCCUGGUCAAGGGUUCCCUGGCGAAGACGACAAAACCCACCAAGACACGCCGUCGCUUGGUGACCGCCUGUCGAGCAGCUGGAGUAUUUUUCAUUCCGGCAUAUCGUCGCGGCGACCGCGAGGCCGCCGGGGUCCUCUCAGUGCAAAAAGCCGCAAAGACAUCAAGGACCUGGAAUGGGCAGGUGCCAUCCUGGCGGCAGAGAACGUCGUCGACGACCUGACAGGCGGCCCGCCACCGGGACAACCCGACGUCGUGUCGCAUUGCUUCCGUGAAGCCGAGAUGCAGUGCUUGUCCGACAACAAACUUGUCCUAGACAACCCAGCCCUUUUCCUGCGGACGCACGGCCACUCUGUUGCCGCACAUCACUUCUCACAGUCCAUUCGCAAUGGCCGGUACAGAGCGAACGAGUCUCUCAAUGUCACCUGCCAGGCUCAUGAGACGUCCUCGACCUACUCAGAUCUCAUCUCAAGCAUCGCCUGGGAGCUGGCCGACAACAACGAGUGCCUCAACGUAUUGGAGAUCGAGUCGGUUGAGAGCUUCAUGAUGCUUUUGGAAACAGCAUGCCUCUAUGAAGUGGAAGUCGGAAAGUCUCCGAUGGUGUCCCUGUCCUUGGUGUGUCUUCGCAACUGCCUCGAUGCUUUACGACUGAACUCGGCUCAUAUCCUCGAUGCUCGCCUCCACAGCACGUGCCAGAGUGACCGCUGCAGUAUCAACUGCCUCCGGGAGCUGGCCAACUGCAUCGACACGUACAUCGAAGAGCUGUCACUGCUGAUGUUCCGCAAAGUCAACUUGCGCGACCGCCGGUGGUGGCUUUCGACAUUUUACAGUUUGUGCAUCCAGGCGUACGUUCGCCGUGCCCUGCUUGUCAUCGAACAACAAUUGCUGUACCCCGACUCGGACGACGCCGACGUCCUCUACAGCAGCCAGUAUCUCCAUCUCGUGACGGUUCUCUUCAUUGCGGUUUCAUUCCAGUACGACCCGCUCGUGUCCAGCAGUGGCGGGCUGCAGCUCCAGCAAUCGCUUCUGGCCGAAGAGGACGGGGCGUCAUCCGACAUGUUUGUUCCGGAUCGGUAUUUUGCCGCCGGUCGCUCUGCCUGCGCGGUCCAUAUCUGGUUGGAUGAGGGCAUCAAGUCGUCAUACCAGUUCCUGACACGUCUACUCAACAUCGGAUCACUGGAUUUCGACAUGGGCCAGGUUGACGGUGGGGCAGGUGCAGGCGGCGAUGUCAAUAUGGAGGGCUCCGAUGCGGUGUUGCCAUUGCGGAGACUCCGUGGCAUCAAAUCCGAAUCGUACUCGGCGUACUCGAGCCCCAAUUCUUCAACGACGAGCUUUGCAAGCUCCUUGUCGGCGCCUCGGUCUACAACGGGCGUGAUCAGUCCGCCAUCGUCCGUCGGCCCGAUGUCGUCCGCGUCGUCGCCGCGCACGUCCCUGCUGAUGACCGAGCGACGCAGCAGCAUCGGAUCGCUCCCGAGCCGAUUGUCUGCAGCCUCGUUCCCGUCCUUCAAUCCCGGUACCAUUGCAGCGACUCCCAUUACUUCUCUGCCGCUCCCAUCGAAGCCAGGCAAGGGCGCCACCGUGUCGCAUGGAAAGGCCGGUUCCAUCGUCUCCGAAAGCGGGUGCAGCAGCGUCGGAAGCACCGCAACGGCCACAAAUGUGCUAGCACCCAGCGGCGAUGACAACACCAGCGGUGCCGCGGCUAGUGGCAUGACCGUUACUGACGACGAAGGGCAGCUGGUCUGCACGUGUUGUCCGAAACGUCCGCAGCGCUUCAACACGAUGGAAGAGCUCAAGGUGCACCAGACGAAGAAGCCACACAUUUGUGCGUUCUGCGGCCGCCGGUUCAGCCGCAUGAACGAAGCCGAGCGCCACAUCACCACCAUUCACCUGCGGCCGUUUUCUUGGUCGUGCCGCCGCCUCGCGACGCCCUUGCUGGCAUUCCAACGGGUGAGCGACGGCACAACCACAUACGAUGUCUGUGGCUUCUGUGGCCGCCAGUUCCAGCGGCCGGCGUCACUGUCGUCGAACAGUGGUGGAGACAGUGUGGCCGGCGCCAACGACAAGGCCGCCCAUGACCAGGCCCUGACAUUGCAUAUCGAGAUUGACCAUAAGCUGCAUGACUGCAAGGCCAGUGCCAAGAAGUUCUACCGCGAGGACAUGUUUGGCCAGCACCUGAAACUGUCUCACGCCGCUGAGCCCGGGGUCUGGCUCAAGUAUCUUGAAAAUGCGUGCAAGGCCGAGGAAAAGGAAGCUGGCAUCCAGCCGACUCUCGCCGCAUAA